AUGAGCAGCGACUCGGAGGACGCCGUUGGCCCAGAGUCGAAGGGGAAGUCGUCUCCGAGAGGAAAGAAGCCCUCGGGCGCGGCAGGCGGCGGCGGCGGCGGCACUCAGCGGAAGGGCGCCGCUGCUGCGAAGGCUAGGCCGCAGGAGGUGGUCGACAUCGAUAGCGAGGACAACGGUGGCAGUGGGGGUGGUGUUGAAGACGAGGGUGAUGGGUCUGAAUACGAGGAGAGCCUGGGAAGCGUCGCCAAGAAAAAGAGCGGGGGCGGAAAGGGCAAGAGCCACAGCGACAGCGCGAAAGGCGGCGGCCGCGCGAAAGGCGGCGGCGGCGGCGGCACCAAGGGGAAAGGGACGAAGAAACCCACCGCUGCCGCUGCCGCUGCCGCUGCCGCUGCACCGGCUUCGGGCCGCAAGAAGCGCGCUAGCUCACGCCCCCCGCCUUCGUACGGCGGGGACAGCAGCAGCGGUAGCGACGACGAGGACUUGGGCGGCGACGACGACUCCGAAACAGCAGCAGCAACAACGCCGUCUUCGUCAUCGAAACCCAAAAAGAAGUCCCCCGCAGCGGGGGCGGGGGCGGGGGCGGGGGCGGCGGCAGCGGAGGAAGAAAACGGUAAACAGCCGGGGGGGGGGGCACGCGGCAAGGGAAAAGGGAAGGCCAAGGCGACGGGGGGGGGCGUCUUGUCUUCCGCGAAGCCGGCCAAGCUUGCCGACGACGUGGAGGUCGUCCUCCGGAGAUUGCGAAAGCUUAGGGGGCAGAUGGGGCGUGGCGGGGGGGGCUCCGCCGAUGGUGACGCCGACCGAAAGAAGCAGCCUACCCUGCUGGAGCUCGGUCUCAGCGGUGACGUCACGGAGGUGCGAGAGAUGGGUGCCGCGGGCGUGAUGGACGAGAUCGAGCGCAUCGCGGUGGAGACGGCCCUGAGCAUCAUGGAAGGGAACGGCUUCGGCUUCCGAGUGCCCACGAGAAGCAGCGGGAACCAGAAGUACGUCGAGGAGCUCGACAGGAUCGUCCUCGGGGAUAAGGUCUCGAGCAGGAACUUCGUGUCCACUGCCAUGGCGAGGAAAACCGCCAUUACCACAAGAGUCGUGCAGCUCGUGCACCAGGUCCUGGGCAAGGGCAUCCACAUCACGAAGCGAGACAUGUUCUACACGGACGUGAAGCUGUUCAAGGAGCAGUCCGAGAGCGACAACGUUCUCGAUGACGUGGCUUGCAUGGUCGGCUGCACCCGGUCGUGCCUCAACGUGGUCGCCUCCGACAAGGGGCUCGUCGUGGGACGGGUCACGUUCAUGGAAGACGGCGACCUGAUCGAUUGCACUCGAAUGGGUGUCGGCGGGAAGGCUAUCCCUCCCUACAUCGACAAGAUCACCAACAUCAGGAGCGAUGCAGACUUUAUCCUCUUAGUGGAGAAGGAGGCCGCCUACAUGCGAAUGGCGGAGGACAGGUUCUACCAGAAGUACCCGUGCAUCGUCAUCACGGCCAAGGGCCAGCCGGACGUGGCGACCCGUCUGUUCCUGAAGCGGCUGAAGCGAGAGCUGAACAUCCCCGUCAUGGGUCUCGUCGAUAGUGAUCCUUACGGCCUCAAGAUCCUCUCCGUGUACAUGAGCGGUUCCAAGAAUAUGUCUUAUGACAGCGCAAGUUUGACCACUCCCGACAUCAAGUGGCUGGGGGUACGCCCUUCCGACUUGGACAGGUACAACAUUCCGGAGCAGUGCCGGCUGGACAUGACGGAGCAUGACAUCAAGACCGGAAAGGAGCUGCUACAGGAGGACUUCAUCAAGAAAAACGAGCCGUGGUGCCGAGAGCUGGAGCUGAUGAUCAAGUCAAAGAAAAAGGCGGAGAUCCAGUCCCUCUCGGCCUUCGGGUUCCAGUACCUCACUCAAAACUACCUGCCUCAGAAGCUGCAGAACGGAGAUUGGGUGUAA